AUGUCUCGACCAGAAUACCUCCGCACCGCCUCCUCCACCAACCUAGGCGCCAAUGGCUCCCGCGUCCUCGAGGGCAAACUGGCCAUCAUCACCGGUUCCUCCCGCGGCAUUGGAGCGGCCAUCUGCGAGAAUCUCGCCAGCAAGGGCAGCAAUCUCAUCAUGAACUAUACCUCCGACACAUCGCAGGACAAGACGGAAAAGCUCGCAAACGACCUCCAGGGCAAGUAUGGCGUCUCCUGUCUUCCCGUGCAGGCAGACAUGGGAACCGAAACCGGCCCCCGCUUCCUCGUCGACAUGGCGCGAUCCCACUUCUCGCACCCGAAAACCGGCCAACUGCGCGUCGACAUCGUCAUCAACAACGCGGGCGUGGCCUCGAAGAACCGCCUGGAAGAGUGCACGGCGGCAGAAUUCGCGCGCCUGUACCACGUCAACGUCCGGGGUCCCCUGAUGCUCCUGCAGGCCGUGCUGCCCCACCUGCCCCACGACCGCAGCGGGCGCGUCGUCAAUCUCAGCUCCGUCAGCUCCAGUCUGGGCUUCGAGGGCGACGGCAUGUACGGCGGCAGCAAGGCGGCGCUGGAGGCCAUGACGCGCAGCUGGGCGCGGGAGCUGGCCGAGCGCGCGACGGUGAAUGCGGUCAACCCGGGCCCCGUGGCGACGGAUAUGUACGCGGGGACGUCGGAUGCGUUCCAGGCCAAGAUGGCGGGUUGGACGCGGAAUACGCCUCUGGCUGCGAUUCGGCCGGAGGUGGAUCGGGGGGAUUUGGUGGCGAAGGCGGAGAAUGCGGGUGGGAGGCCGGUGAGUUUGCUGUUUCCCCCCUUUUCCCCCCUUUUUCCCUUUUGUGGUGGUAUCGUGUUGUGAUGGAUUUUGCUGAUGAUUCGGUCUUGUUUGAACUUUUUAGGCUUAUGAUUAUGAGGUUGCGGGUGUGGUCGCGAUGCUCUGUACUCCUGAUGCUGCAUGGUGCACUGGUUCCGUCGUCUGUGCGAAUGGAGGGUUCAAGUUCAGUUAUUAG